ACCACCGUAGUGAGCAGCCGACCUCAAAAUACCGGCCGGAGGAAAAUACUCCACCUAAAGUGGGUGAUGAGCUCAAUGUUGGUUCUUCUGCGGGCAUAUUACAGGCCGAAGCUCCAAUGCCUUUAGACGGAGACUCAACCAUAAGCAUGCUUGACGCGAGAUCUAAUAACGAGACCCCAUCUGAAUCUAUUGACGCACCUCGCAAUCAACCGAACGGGACUGCCCGUGCACCUCGUAAUCGCACACUUGCACAAUCAGUGCAAGCACAUCUUUCUCACAAUUCUUCAAACCUUCGAUCCAGUGCCUUGCGCCGCAGACCCUCGGGCAACGACCGCAUUUCUACGGAUCCUACCUCUCAAAGUGACAGACAGGAGCCGUUGUCGUGUUCCCUAAACCCUGGCGCAAAUGACAGACCCUCGUUGCUUACGCGGUUAUCAGACCAUGGCCAGGCGUCUGGACCACAACGCGACUCACACUCACACGAGUCUCAUGACCUCACCACUAUAACUGCCGCGGUUCAAACCUUUACAGAUCCUUCGUUAUUGCCACACUCCAAUGUCGACGAUGUAGAGAACAAAAGAAAACUAACCGCUCCGGAAAUUAUGGCCCGCACGC